GGGGUUGCUGCGCGGUCCUAGACUCUGGGCUCCCGGCGCAGCGGGCAGCAGCCAUGCAUCCCCCGCCCCCGGGCCCGCUGGGCGACUGCCUGCGGGACUGGGAAGAUCUGCAGCAGGACUUCCAGAACAUCCAGGAGACCCACCGGCUGUACCGCCUGAAGCUGGAGGAGCUGACCAAGCUGCAGAACAGCUGCACUAGCUCCAUCUCUCGGCAGAAGAAGCAACUCCAGGAGCUGGCCCUCGUCCUAAAGAAAUGCAGACCCUCCCUCUCAGCAGAGGCUGAGGAGGCUGCGCAGGAGCUGGAGAACCAGAUGAAAGAACGCCAAGGCCUAUUCUUUGACAUGGAGGCUUAUUUGCCUAAGAAGAACGGGUUGUACCUGAGUCUGGUUCUGGGGAACGUCAAUGUGACACUCCUGAGCAAGCAGGCUAAGUUCGCCUACAAAGACGAGUACGAGAAGUUCAAGCUCUACCUCACCAUCAUCCUCAUCCUCAUCUCCUUCACCUGCCGCUUCCUGCUCAACUCCAGGGUGACAGAUGCUGCCUUCAACUUCCUGCUGGUCUGGUACUACUGCACGCUGACCAUUCGAGAGAGCAUCCUCAUCAACAACGGCUCCCGGAUCAAAGGCUGGUGGGUCUUCCAUCACUAUGUGUCCACGUUCCUGUCAGGAGUCAUGCUGACGUGGCCAGAUGGUCUUAUGUACCAGAAGUUCCGGAACCAAUUCCUGUCCUUCUCCAUGUACCAGAGCUUUGUGCAGUUCCUCCAGUACUACUACCAGAGUGGCUGCCUGUACCGCCUGCGCGCCCUGGGCGAGCGGCACACCAUGGACCUCACUGUGGAGGGCUUCCAGUCCUGGAUGUGGCGGGGCCUCACUUUCCUGCUGCCUUUUCUUUUCUUUGGACAUUUCUGGCAGCUUUUUAACGCACUGACGUUGUUUAACCUGGCCCGGGAUCCUCAGUGCAAGGAGUGGCAGGUGCUCAUGUGCGGCUUCCCUUUCCUCCUCCUCUUCCUUGGCAAUUUCUUCACCACGCUGCGGGUUGUGCACCAGAAGUUCCAUAGUCAGCGGCAUGGGAGCAAGAACGAAUGAGGCCAGCCCCAAAGGGGCUUCUGCAUCCCGUGUGUCGUGGGAGGGGAUGGGAGGUGCCCCUUGUGUGUUUGUAUGCAUGUUGGGGGGGGCAUCUCUUCUGUUCUCCCGGGGUUUUGUGGGCUCUGUGGGCCCUGAAGAAGGCCUGUGUCCCAGCCUGCAAAGAGCUGGGGGCACAGGGUCUCAAUAAAGGAAGAGCCACAGA